AAAGUAGUAAACCUCUUCUCCGCUACUUUCCACCCCCACUGACAACGACGGCGACGACGAUGACGAUGGGUGAAGAAGGAGAAACAAUAGCAACAGCAGAAGAAAACAACGGACUAAUUGUAGACUCAGGAGAGACAAACUCCACGUGGCGCGCCAUGAGAUUCGAUGUCUCUCCUUACAGAACACACCAUUUCUCCAAGCAGUUCAGGGCCUCUCGGAACCCUAACAAUUUCCUCAAGGGUCUUAAAUGGUCACCUGAUGGUUCGUGUUUCCUUGCAAGCUCUGAGGACAAUACACUUACUCUCUUCUAUCUGCCUCAAGAUGGAGGGGACUCUAAUGGUUAUGGAGUGACAAUCCCUGAAGAAGAUUCGUAUGGUGCGAGUCUUGUUGUGAAUGAGGGUGAAUCUGUUUAUGAUUUCUGUUGGUAUCCAUACAUGUCAGUUUCAGACCCAUUAACAUGCGUCUUCGCUACCACAACUAGAGACCAUCCCAUCCAUCUUUGGGAUAGCUCUUCUGGUGAGCUUCGAUGCACGUACCGGGCCUAUGAUGCUAUGGAUGAAAUAACUGCUGCCUUUUCAAUUGGAUUUAAUCCUGGUGGAAACAAGAUCUAUGCUGGUUAUAACAGCUCUAUAAGAGUGUUUGAUCUUCAUCGUCCCGGUAGAGAUUUUGGGCAGUAUUCAACUCUACAGAAAAACAAAGAAGGCCAAGCAGGUAUGUUAUCUACUCUUGCUUUCUCUCCAACUAAUUCUGGAAUGUUGGCUGUGGGCUCGUACGGGCAGAGUACUGGGAUUUAUAGAGAAGACAACAUGGAGCUGUUGUAUGUUUUACAUGGUCAAGAAGGCGGCGUUACACAUGUUCAGUUUUCAAAGGAUGGGAACUAUCUAUAUACAGGAGGUCGGAAGGAUCCUUACAUUCUUUGCUGGGAUAUGCGGAAAUCUGUUGAGAUAGUUUACAAAUUGUACAGAGCAACAGAGAACACAAACCAACGUGUCUUCUUUGAUAUUGACCCAUGUGGUCGACAUCUUGGUACCGGUGGUCAGGAUGGUCUGGUUCAUAUGUAUGAUUUACAAACUGGAAACUGGGUCUCUGGAUAUCAAGCUGCUUCGGAUACUGUCAAUGCUUUUUCUUUCCACCCAUACCUUCCAAUGGCUGCUACAUCCUCUGGUCAUAGGCGUUUCGCAAUUCCAGAUGAUGACGAUGAAGAUAAGAACAACGUUGAAUUAAAAGGUGAUGAAAACUGUGUAUCUCUAUGGAGUUUCUACGUCACAUCCGAGGAGAACACUUCUGAUGAACAUAACAAUGGCCUUGCAAGCAAUUCUCAUAACUUGAAUGUCACAGGAGAGGAAGAAAACGCCUAAGAUAUCUUAUUAUUUUCACCCUACUGUGUUCUGUUUAAAAGAAUUUCUAAAAAAUGUUUAUUAGUCUUAUCCAAGUAAGAAAAAUGUUGGCAUAUUCUCUUUUUUUGUGCAAUGCAUUUAUUUUGAAAAAAUAAAAGAUUACACAAAA